CCAGAAUUUGCCUAACGCAACUUCGAGUGCGCUCAGUUUUAGGGUUUGCCACUUUUCCGGGGCAAAAUUUCCGGGCUGAAUAUGCGCAAAGGGCCAGCAUAUGUGACACCGAAGGCGCAUCAGAUCUCUCGCUUUGCAUUGCUGUUGCUGAUUUACAAUCAGCGUGAAGGCGCUGUCUCUCGGACGAGUCUAAUAUAGAGCUUUGGCAUUCUUGUGGAGAAGUGAAGAAGCAAUUUGCGGGGCGGAGGGCGGCCAUAGGAUCUUGCAGCAUUCCCUGGAAGAAACGGGGUUUUGUGUCUGCACCAUUCUUGCAUGUGAUGGCGGCACCAACUGCAAACCUUGUUCCAAUAACCAGGGCGUUCCUGAGCAAGUUUUACGAUCAGCACCCCUUUGAGCCGAUCAGUGAGGAUGUUAAAAAGGUGCAGGCGAGGCUUCAGGGUUUGGUAGACGAACUUGAGGUUGAAUGGAGAAAGCAGGGUGCAGAUGACAUGUCUCUGGCAUCCUCGUUGACCAUCACCGUUCCGCACAAGAUCGAUGAGAACCUCUGGCGGCACCGCGAGCAGAUUGAGGAGGCGCUUGACCUUUUGAAAAACAAGAAGCCCGCUGCGUUGGACAAAGCAGACACGCCAGCCACCAAGUCAGGGAAAGAAGCCGUGGAGAAGGUCGUUGCAGAGCUUGAAGACAUCCUUGGCGUCAUCUCUCAGUUCCAAAAGAAUACCGCUGACAAAGUUGCAAAGAUGGUUGCAUCAUUCAUGCCUCAGGACUUCAGGGGGACGCUGAUCCAGAUGCAGCGGGAGCGCUCGGAGACAAAGCGGCAACUAGAGGUGGACGAGCUUGUGAAGGGAGGCGCCAGCAUCUCGGAAAAGUACCAGCUGCUUUGGAGGCAACAAAUGGAGCGGCGGAAGACGCUGGCCGCUCUCGGGAACGCGACGGGCAUGUUCCGCGUGCUGGUGACGUACCUGGCCGGGGUGCCCCAGGUGCUGCUCGACUUUGUGCGCCAGAUUAACGACCACAACGGCCCCAUGGAGGAGCAGCGCGAGCGAUAUGGCCCGCCGCUGUACGAGCUGACGUCAUUCGUGAACCACAUACGGAUGUUUGUUGCGGCGUGGUGGAGCGUGCACGACUCGACCGCUGGACGGUCGAGCGAGUUUGAGGCGGUACUGCAGGAGGCGACCAGCUUGUACAUUUCCGAGACGAAACGGUUUCUUUGUUUCAUCGGGAACGUGUUCGACAAGUCGCCAUUCCUGAUCGAAGCAUCAGAAGCGUUGGCGCUCGAGCCCGGGAAAGAUGUCAAGGACGAGUUCCAAGAACGGACUAUUGCGAGGGGAGAAGCCUUUGAGGUGACCUUAGCCACGGAAGGGGAGGGAACCAUGAUCGCGUGGGACUUCAGCGUGGAUGGUCGGCGAGACGUCGGGUUCAGUGUGGACUACGCCGAUGAGAACAAGGUGAAAAUGCCAAUGCUGCCAUACACCCGCUACGAGUCCCACCAAGGCCACUUCUUUUCGUUGGGUGCCGGGAGCUACACGUUGAAGUGGGACAAUAGCUACUCCAUGAUUUACAGCAAAGUUGUCAAGUAUAAGACGGAAGUCGUGCCUCCUGCUGAGAGUAUUGCAGCGUCGGACGACAGCAUAGCUCAGAAAGGGAAAGGCGAUGCGUCAUAGGACAAAGCUGGACAGUCCUACAGGUCGAUAAUCGGUUUGCCACUGGAUUUGCGCACCCAUCCUGGAUCAAUAGUGCAGAGGAUAGUGAUGUCACACAUCCUGUACAUGCAUUGCUUGCUCAUGCUCUUCAACGUGCGAGACUGAAUGUAACACAUGAGUUGUACUCUUUAAAUCGAGUUACUCAGUCGAAAGUGC